GUGGCGAAUGGCACAAUCGUAGAAUCAGUGGCCAUACAUUUUUGUUGGUAGUUUUAAGCAAUUAAUAAUAUUUAUCCCCUUUCUCCUGCCCGAUCGAUUGAUCAGAUAAAGCUGCCCGUUAUGUAUAUAUCACAGCCCAUGUCGUGGCACAAGAUCAGCACUGACUCCGAGGAUGAUGUCCAUGUGGUAAACGAAGCCUCCUUGGGAUCGGUCGAUUCCGCUGUGGAGGAUGCUCCGGGGGAUAUUGAACAGGCGGUGGGGGUAACAGGAUCGGAAUUGACCACCGAGCCCAUGGCCUUUCUUCAAGGAUUAAACUCCGAGAAUCUGAUGCAGUUCAGCCAGCAAUCCGUGCUGCGCGAGAUGAUGCUGCAAGACAUCCAGAGCCAGGUGAACACGCUGCCCAAACUAGAAAACCACAACAUUGGCGGCUAUAACUUCAGCAUGGUUUUGGAUGAGCCGCCCAAGUCACACUGGAUGUUCUCGGUGCCGCUGAACAAGCUUUACAUCCGGAUGAACAAGACCUUCAACGUGGACGUUCAGUUCAAGGCAAAGAUGCCCAUCCAGCCACUCAAUCUGCGUGUCUUCCUCUGCUUUACCAAGGAUGUCAGCGGUCCGGUGUUGCGCUGUCAGAACCACCUGAGCGUAGAGCCAUUGACCGGCCAAAACGUGAAGAUGCGCGAGAGCUUGCUGCGCAGCGAGAAUCCCAACAGCGUGUACUGCGGAACGGCCCAGGGCAAGGGCAUUUCGGAACGUUAUUCCGUGCUGAUUCCGCUGAACAUGUGUCGAUCUGGCAACCGGAGCGCCGGCCAUGUGCGCCAGACCCUGGCCUUCAAGUUCGUCUGCCAGAACUCGUGUAUUGGCCGAAAGGAAACCUCCUUGGUCUUUUGUCUGGAGAAUGCAAGUGGCGACAUCGUAGGACAGCAGGUUAUGGAAGUCAAAAUCUGCACGUGCCCGAAACGCGAUCGAAACCAAGACGAACGCCAAAUGAACGGCAAGAAGCGCAAGUCCCUAGCGGACGUCUCCGAUGAAGAAGAGCAGGAUAUAAAGCCCUCGAAGAUGCGUCGGCGCACCGUGUCGUACAAAAAUGAUAUAAAGAAGGAGGAGACGGAGAGCAACGACAGCCACGACAAAGACACCAGUGAGCCCAUCUCUGAUUGGAACGUGUCGACGACCAAGAACGGGGAGUACCGCUUGGCCAUUACCUGCCCCAAAAAGGAGUGGCUUCUCCAGGGCAUUGAGGGUAUGAUCAAGGAGGCGGCGACUGGAGUGCUCCGAAAUCCCAACCAAGAGAAUCUGCGUCGCCAUGCCAACAAAUUGUUGACCCUCAAGAAAUGUGCCAAUGAGCUGCCAUGACUUUGGAGCUGACCAACAUUUUUUACUACUUUACACUGUGAACCGCCAGACACCUUUGAAAUGUGUUGAAGAUCUAAGGUAUAGGUGUAAAUCUCUAAGUUUGUAUUAAUCUUUGUUUGUUAGGCGUUUAACAGUGAUAUUCCUAUGCGGUCUUGGCACGCACAUAGCCAAAAAGAAAAGAUUUUUAUAUUUUUUAUAAUACUAUACUGCUGUUAAUUUCAGUUAUAUGAAACUAAGUAUUUAUAUGUAACACAACGAAGGAACUUCCCAUACUCUGUACAAAUAAGCCAAAAGUGAACUGAUUAAAGAGUUGUCAUGUUUUGCAAGCA